AUGGAGUUUUUCAGUGUGGAAGAUACAUCAGGACAAGGACUUUUUAAUGAGUUGCAAGAUGUCUUAAAGUCUCUUGAUCUUGAUAUUGAUGAUGUUAGGAGACAAGGUUAUGAUAAUGGAUCUAACAUGAGAGGGAAACACCAAGGUGUCCAGAAAAGAUUGCUAGACAUAAAUCCCAGAGCCUUUUACAUGCCAUUUGGUUCUCAUUGUCUUAAUUUAAUAAUUAACAUGGUGAACACAAAAUUACAAUCUGAAGACAUGUGUCUUGAUGUUGCUAUAAAGGCAUUAGAAGCACUUGUUACAUUUUUUGAAAACUACAGAGAAAUUGGUUUUGUUUCUGCUAUGAAUGAUGCUAAAGAAAUUGCACUUGAUUCAGAAAUUGAUCCUGUUUUUCAAACUAAACGUCAAACCUAG